CCUCUCCCUCUCCCUCUCUCUCUCUCUCUCUUCUCUCUCGCUCCGUCGCGCAGAGCAGCAGCAGCAGCAGCGGCGGCGGCGUUCGCCAGAUUCGCUCCUCCGCCGCCCCUCCGCGCCGCGCUCGGUCUCUCCCGGCGGCGGAGCUUCUCUCCGGAUCCGCAGAUGCGCGAGGCGCCGCCUCCGCCGACGUCCCCCUCCGCCCCUCGCCGCUCGACGCGGUCCGUCCCGCUCGUCGGGGUUCAGCUUGACGUAGGCCUAAACAUUUCAGCGGGUGGUUUAUGAUGAUUUGGAGAUUACUUAUUGGAGACGGUCACAGAGUGGGCAUCGGCAUAUGUAGCAUUUCAUGUUUAUCCAGGAACUAUGGAAAGUGAAAGGACAGCAUCGGCUCCGUCGGACGGGAGCAGAGAUGGUGUACCAAGAGCGCGGCCAUUGCAUGGGAGGACUAGUGGGCCAACUAGACGUUCAACAAAGGGACAAUGGACAGCUGAAGAGGAUGAGAUUUUGCGCAAGGCGGUCGAGCGUUUCAAAGGAAAGAAUUGGAAAAAGAUAGCCGAGUGUUUCAAAGAUCGGACUGAUGUACAAUGUCUGCAUAGGUGGCAAAAGGUCUUGAAUCCUGAACUUGUGAAAGGUCCUUGGUCUAAAGAGGAGGAUGAAAUCAUCGUUGAGUUGGUCAACAAAUAUGGUCCAAAAAAAUGGUCCACGAUUGCACAACAUCUACCUGGGCGAAUUGGAAAGCAAUGUCGAGAAAGGUGGCAUAAUCAUCUUAAUCCUGCUAUAAAUAAAGAGGCAUGGACUCAAGAAGAGGAGCUGGCCUUAAUUCGGGCUCACCAGAUAUAUGGAAACAGAUGGGCAGAGCUGACCAAGUUCUUGCCUGGCAGGACCGACAAUGCUAUAAAAAACCACUGGAACAGUUCUGUAAAGAAGAAACUGGACACUUACUUGGCAUCAGGUUUACUUGCACAGUUUCCAGCUUUGCCUCAUGUUGGAUUCCAGAAUCAGCUCGUUGCUUCAUCUUCCUCAAGGUUGCAGACCAGUGGAGUUGACACUGGUCCUAAAGGUGGGGUAGAGCUAGAGGAAAAUUCAGAAUGCAGUCAAGGUUCGACUGUAGGUUGCUCUCAGUCUACUAAUGACAUGGCUAUAGCCAUACCUAAGAGCGAAGAUUCUGCUUUGGGAAGAGAUCACAACUCCAGUCCAGUUUCCUGUUCAGAGCAGUAUUAUCCGUCUAUGGAUGAGGUCAAUCUCACUAUUCCAGAUGUACAUCCUGAAAUAUGUGGUUCUUCUAAUUUGGCGCAUCAUGAUUUUUCAUGUGGCAAUGAAACUUCUUUUGAGGAUUACAAGUUCAGUGGACAUGACCUACCAAAUAGUUCCUUCUUGGAUUUUGGACCAGAAUCAUCAGGAGUGAAAACAGAGUCCAUAGGUGCCAGUGAGAGCCAUGGGGGGCUUAAUGUUCCCUUUCAAGCUUCUCUGGCACUGAUGGUUCCUUCUGUUAGCAGUUUGGGCAUAGGAGCCGAUCAGUUGCAUCAGAUUUUGAUUUCCGAUGAUGAAUGUUGCAGGUUUUUAUUCUCAGAUGCUAUGGCUGAUGAAUGUUUAUCCUCUGAAAAUAUUGCAAAAGAACCAAUCAGAACUGAUGUUGGCGGAUGUAUAGAUGCACUAAUAAGCCAAUCAUCAAAUUUUCAAACAUCCGAAUCUCCUCAGCUGUAUAAUCCUUCAGGAGCUGUUGCUGUGGGUACUUCAUGUGCCCAGCCUUCUAAUUCUGCUCCUUUAUUGUUCUCGAGUGAUGGCGACGCACCAGUAUCUGGUAGCAAAAACAGCCAGUAUCCCUCUUUUGAAACUCAAGAAGACUUUGAAACUGGUGUGCAUAGUCGUUUUGUUAUUGCAGAUGAUUCAACCAAUUCUCCUGGUGAUAAUGGCAUGAGCUCCAGUAUGCUAGAGCAAUUAGAAUUGCCACCUGAUCAAUCGAAAUUAGUACCUGUAAAUGCUUUCUGUUCAGGAUCAGAUGUCAUGCUAACUACUCCUUUGAAAGCUGGGCCGGACAUUGGAGUAGUAAAGCCAGAGCCAGGGUCACUGUGUUAUGAGCCCCCUCGUUUUCCUAGCUUGGAUAUUCCCUUUUUCAGCUGUGAUCUGAUACAACCAAGUAACGACAUGCAGCAAGAAUAUAGUCCCCUUGGUAUCCGACAGCUGAUGAUGUCUUCUAUCAACUGCAUAUCCCCAUUUAGGUUAUGGGAUUCUCCUUCACGUGACAAAAGUCCUGAUGCUGUACUGAAAAGUGCCGCCAAAACUUUCACGAGUACCCCUUCUAUCUUAAAGAAAAGAUGUCGUGACUUGUUGUCCCCUUUGUCAGAUAGAAGAAUUGACAAAAAGCUGGAGAAAGAUAUAACAUCUGACCUGACGAGAGACUUUUCUCGUCUGGAUGUUAUGUUUGAUGAGACUGACAAUCAAAGGGCAUAUAUGCUGUCUCCUCCGAUCAGCGUGGGAAGAAACUCGAGGAAUCUAGCUGAAGACAAAGAAAAUUCAUGUAUUGGUUCAGAAUGCAGACAGGAAAAGAAUGACAGAAGUGGAUUUCCAGGCAAUAAAAGUUUAGAGGAUGAUUGCAGUAGAGACGAUUAUAUGAAAGAAGGGCAACAGCCUGUUAAUGAUGAUAUUAACGCUCAAACUGGUGCAGAAGCUGAUGCCACAACCGAAAGGGUGCCACAGCCUCCUGAUGUGCUUAUUGAACAUGACAUAAAUGACCUCCUGUUGUUUUCUCCUGAUCAAACUGGUAACCAAGCUCAUAAAUCAACUGGGUCAACAGAUGGAACUCCCAGAAAACAGUCGUCUCAAGUCGUGGCACCUUCUUUGAAUCAUGGAGUUACCUUAGAGUCCUCGUCUGGGAAUUCAUGGCAACCUCUCAGCUCUCCUGGUAGCGAAGCAAAACGUGGAAGCCACAAGGCCGCUAAAUCUUCAUUGUCGCUUCCUUCAGGUCCCUUGGAGAUCAGUGUCGACAACACUUCGAAUGAUGCCAGCUUUGAGAACUCAAGCAUAUUUGGAGGGACUCCGUUCAGAAGAAUUAUUGAAUCUCCUUCAGCGUGGAAGUCGCCUUGGUUUAUAAACUCUUUCCUUCCAGGGCCCAGGAUUAACACUGAAAUAACGGUUGAGGAUAUAGGGUAUUUUAUGAGUCCCGGAGACAGAAGUUAUGAUGCUCUUGGGCUCAUGAAACAUCUAAGCGAGCAGAGUGCUGCUGCAUAUGCUACAGCUCAGGAGGUUCUCGGAAAUGACACUCCGGAGACAUUAUCCAAGAAGAAAAACCUCAAUCACCAAAAUCCCGACCAAGAAAAUUGUAAAUUGAAUCAGCAGACAGAGAAUUGCUCUUCUAUGGGUUCAACUCUGCCGGUGGAGCGCCGGACGCUCGAUUUCAGCGAAUGCGGGACCCCUGGAAAACCGAAAGAGAGUGGGAAAUCCUCUGUCACCAUGACCUUCUCGAGUCCCUCUUCCUAUCUGUUGAAAGGUUGCAGAUAGGGCGAAUGCUAGGUGCUGAAAGUUUGGCCCACCUCUGCGUUGACUAUUCAUAAAGGUUCAUACAGUAUGUAUAGACAUUUCCGUCUUGUAUCAUGUCAUUUUAUGUAGCAUCAAAACUGCUCAGUCAUAGAGCGUUGAUUGGAACUCACAUUAAAUUAUUGGAGAAAGGUGCUCGUGCUCCUUCAUAUU